UCUUAAAUAGAGUUACAGAAAUGGUGAAGAAGAGACUAGCAUAUGAAAUGGAAAAAGGUAUUACGGUGAAUUUCUCUGUCUUGCCGGAGGGUUGCAUCUCCAACAUCAUCUCACUCACUUCUCCUCGGGAUGCUUGCCGAUUGUCGGCGGUCUCGUCGGUCUUCCGGUCGGCGGUAGAUUCGGACUCCGUGUGGGAGAGAUUUCUGCCGUCUGAUUACCAGGAAAUCCUCUCUAGAUCAGUCUCUCCGAUCGCCUUCUCAUCUAAGAAAGAUCUCUAUUUCUAUCUCACCGAUCAUCCCAUCAUCAUCGACGGCGGGAACAAGAGCUUUGCGUUGGAGAAAAGCAGUGGAAGCAAAUGUUAUAUGAUAGCAGCUAAGGAGCUUUCAAUCGUAUGGGGAGAUACUCCUAGGUAUUGGAGGUGGAUUUCCCUUCCUGAUUCCAGGUUCCCGGUGGUGGCUGAGCUCUUGAAUGUGUGUUGGCUCGAAGUGCAUGGGAAGAUGGAUACGCGAAUGCUAUCACCAAGAACGACUUAUGCUGCUUACAUCGUGCUCAAGUUUGAGGAGGUCAGACGAGGGCUUGACGUCAACCCGGCAGAGGUGUCAGUGAGGUUCGUCGGAGGUGGGGGUGGGGCUGUUGAUGAAGGAAUUCGCAAUGUCUAUCUGGACCCUGAAGGCAAUAUUUCAAAUCAAACUUGGACGGCACGAGAUCGGCUUCAGGAACUUUUCCACAAUCUGAGACAGUUCAUGUUGACACCGUCCGUCGUGCGGCCAUCCGUGUCUUUGUCACGACAAAAUGGACUGUUCCCACGGGAACGAGGAGAUGGGUGGAUGGAGAUAGAGAUGGGUGAGUUCUUUAACGAUUGGGGAGAAGAUGGGGAGGUGGAGAUGAGUCUCAUGGAGAUCAAAGGUGGUAAUUGGAAGUCUGGCCUCAUCAUCCAAGGAAUUGAGCUCAGGCCUAAACAGAGUUCUCGAAUGUGGCAGAGCUGUUGAAUGUGCA